UCCCGCGCGGGGCCGGCGAUGCAGCGCGACGAGGACAAGGGCAUCCCGGUGCGGGUGGCGCUGCGCUGCCGGCCGCUCGUGCCCCGCGAGAGCAGCGAGGGCUGCCAGAGCUGCCUGUUCUUCGUGCCCGGCGAGCCGCAGGUCGUGGUGGGCAAGGACAAGUCCUUCACCUACGAUUACGUGUUCGACCCCUCGGCGGAGCAGGAGGAGGUUUUCAACACUGCGGUGUCUCCUCUGGUCCGAGGCAUCUUCAAAGGGUACAAUGCCACUGUCUUGGCCUAUGGACAGACUGGAUCUGGGAAAACCUACUCCAUGGGAGGCACCUACACGGCCACCCAGGAGCACGAGCCCAGCGUGGGGGUCAUCCCAAGGGUCAUCAGGCUGCUCUUUGAGGAGAAGCAGCAAAGGCAGGAUUGGGAAUUUGUCCUCAAAGUUUCUUAUCUCGAGAUCUACAACGAGGACAUCCUGGACCUGCUGUGCCCCUCGAGGGAACGCUCCUCCCAGAUCAGCAUCAGGGAGGACCCCAAGGAGGGCAUCAAGAUUGUAGGGUUAACUGAAAGAAAUGUCACCUGUGCCCAAGACACUGUGUCCUGCCUGGAGCAAGGGAACAACGCCAGGACAGUGGGAUCCACGGCCAUGAACUCGCAGUCCUCACGGUCCCACGCCAUCUUCACCAUCUGCAUCGACCAGAAGAAGAAAAACGACAAGAACUGCAGUUUUCACUCCAAACUACACCUGGUGGACCUUGCUGGCUCUGAGAGACAGAAGAAGACCAAGGCUGAGGGAGACAGACUAAAAGAAGGGAUCAACAUCAACAAAGGCCUCCUCGCCCUGGGGAACGUCAUCAGUGCUCUUGGAGAUGAGAACAAAAAGGGUGGCUUUGUCCCCUACAGAGACUCCAAGUUGACAAGGCUGCUGCAAGACUCGCUGGGAGGGAACAGCCACACCCUGAUGAUUGCCUGUGUGAGCCCAGCAGACUCCAACCUGGAGGAGACCCUCAACACUCUGCGCUACGCUGACAGGGCCAGGAAGAUCAAGAACAAACCCAUUGUCAACGUGGAUCCCCAGGCAGCUGAGCUGCACCAGCUCAAGCAGCAGGUCCAAGAGCUGCAGGUGUUGCUGCUGCAGGCCCAUGGAGGGACCCUCCCUGUGUCUAUCAAUAGCCUGGCACCCUCUGAGAACCUGCAGUCCCUGAUGGAGAAGAACCAGUGCCUGAUGGAGGAGAACCAGAAGCUGAGCCAGGGGCUGAGUGAGGCUGCUGGGCAGACAGCACAGAUGCUGGAGAGGAUGAUCCUGACAGAACAAGAAAAUGAGAAGAUGAAUGCCAGGCUGGAGCAGCUCCAGCAACACGCUGUGUGCAAGCUGGACCUGCAGAAGCUGGUGGAGACAGUGGAGGAUGAGGAGCUGAAGGAAAAUGUGGAGGUGAUUCGUAACCUGCAGCAGGUGUUGGCUGAGUUCCAGAGUGAAAAAGCUGCCACAGCAGAAGCUGCUGCAGAGGUGGCAAGCCCUGAACAGGAGGCUACAGGUGAAGCAGAACUGGGCCAGGAUUCCAAGAGAGCCUCGAACGACUUCACCACCCAACACGCCCUUCGCCAGGCCCAGCUGUCCAAGGAGCUGCUGGAGCUCAACAAAGCCCUGACCCUGAAAGAGGCACUUGCCAAAAAAAUGGCUCAGAAUGAUAAUCAGCUGGAGCCCAUUCAGUCCCAGUACCAGACCAAUAUCAAGGAUCUGGAGUUGGAGGUCAGCAAUUUGCAAAAAGAAAAGGAGGAGCUGGUCCUUGCUCUGCACAUGGCAAAGAAGGAUAUCAACCAGGCCAAGCUGAGCGAGCGGCGGCGGAAAAGGCUCCAGGAGCUGGAGGGACAAAUCAGUGAGCUGAGGAAGAAGCUGAAUGAGCAGUCCAAGCUCCUGAAGCUGAAGGAAUCCACGGAACGCACGGUGUCCAAACUGAACCAGGAGAUCAGGGAAAUGAAGCACCAAAGGGUCCAGCUGAUGCGGCAGAUGAAGGAAGACACUGAGAAAUUCAGGCAGUGGAAGCAAAAGAAGGACAAGGAAGUGAUCCAGCUGAAGGAAAAGGAUCGGAAGAGACAGUACGAGCUCCUCAAGCUGGAGAGGGAUUUCCAGAAACAGGCCAAUGUCCUUCGGCGCAAGACAGAGGAGGCAGCAGCUGCCAACAAGCGGCUGAAGGACGCCCUGCAGAGACAGAAGGAGGCUGCAGACAAACGCAAGGAGAGCCAGAGCCGGGGCCUGGAAGGAGUGGCUGCCCGAGUGAAGAGCUGGCUGGCAAACGAGGUGGAGGUUCUGGUGAGCACCGAGGAGGCUCGGAGGCACCUCUCGGACCUGCUGGAGGACAGGAAGAUCCUGGCCCAGGAGCUGCAGCAGCUCAAGGAGAAGAAAGAUUCCGGGGAAAACCCCCCUCCAAAGCUCCGGAGAAGGACCUACUGCCUGGCAGAGCUGCAGUGCCCAGAGGUGGAUCUCUCCAUAUCCAAGCAGAUAGAAAGCCUGGAAACUGAGAUGGAGCUCAGGAGUGCCCAGAUAGCAGAUCUGCAGCAGAAACUCCUGGAUGCAGACAAUGGGGAUCGGGCCAAGCAGCGCUGGGACAGCAUUGCCACAAUCCUGGAGGCCAAAUGUGCUCUGAAGUACCUCCUGGGAGAGCUGGUCUCCUCCAAAGUUCAGGAGAGCAAGCUGCAGAGCAGCCUGGAGCAGGGCAAAGCCACCUGCGCAGACGUGCAGAAGAUGCUGAUGGAGGAGAGAAACCACGUCACAGAGCUGGAGACUGAGUUCCAAAAUCAGCUUGUGGUGCAGGAACAGCAGCACCAGGAAAAGGUUCUGUACCUGCUCAGCCAACUCCAGCAAAAAGAAGCAGAGGAGAAGAAAUGGGAAGAUUCCCUAAAUGAGCAGGAGAAGCAGCUGCAGGAGCGACUCAGGUUCCAGGAGGAAGAGCUGGAGAAAAUGAAGGAGGAGAACCAGGAACUCCUCCAGGAAAAUGACUCUCUGAAACAGAAACUGCUGCUCCUCCAAGUUGUCAGUGGCCAGAAGCUCCGGCACAUCCAGCAAAGGCCAUCAGAGUCUCCAGACUCUUCUUUUGAAUAUAUCCCAGUCAAACCCAAGGCCCGCCGGCAGACGACGGCCAAGCCGCGCGCCAGCCCCGAGAUGGACCUGGAGGAGCUGCUCUCCGACUCCGGGGACCUGGAGGAUUCCGACUGGGUUCCUGCCAGAGCUGCCAGAGGGGCAAAGAAAAGCCUCACGGGGUGCUCGUGCCGGGGCCGCUGUGGGAACAGGCAGUGUGGCUGCAGGAAGCAGAAGGUGGGAUGUUCCAGCGGCUGCAGCUGUGACUCGGCCACCUGCAGGAACCGGGACCCCCCGCUGGAGGCCACGAUGUGCGAGGACCCCCAGAGGGACUCGGAAGGCUCCUUGAAGCUGGAGGACCCCACACUGGUGAGAGCAGGAGAGAGCUUCUUCCAGCCCCCCUGUGUCACUCCAACCACAAAGGUCCUGCAGGACAUCACAGCCCAGGACGUGCUCCAGAAGGUGCCCAGCUCUCCUUCCUCCCUCCUGAGGGACGAGGAGGCCCAGGAGAACCACGUCCCCUUUGUCAAGAGGAAGAAGAGGAUGCUGAACAGCAACAUCAGCUUCUUCUCAGGCUGCACUCCCAUCAAGGAGGAGUUCCAGUGACCUGUCCUGACCCUUUAGGCCACAUUCCUGGUGGCUUUGGAAGGAGCUGGGCUCUCCUGCUGUGCCUGAUGCUCCUGCCCUCAGCAAGGGAGUCAAACACUGGGGGUUGUAGUUGUGUCUCUGUAAAUAUUUGUGUGUGGGGCUGGAGGGAGGGGGACAAACUUUCCUCUGGAAUUCCUGUAGGGAGGGGAGGUGAUUUUCCAGGUUGUUUUUCCCAGGUCCCUCCCUCCUCCUGAGCUGUGAACACUAGGUACACUUUAAUCUGUAAUCUUGACACAACUCAGCCUUUGCACAGGAGAUCUGGUCCUGUGUUCCCACAGAGCCUGAGGAACUGUUCCAGCUGUCCUGGGAGACCCCUGGAGGGAGGACACACUGGCUGUGGUCUUAAACCAGCACCUAAGAGCUGCUUAGGGUUUCUGGCCCCUUUGAGAACUGGUCUGUCCUUAUUCAGUCAAGUUAGAAACUUGUCUUCUGUGAGUAAUUUAGGAAUUUUAAUUCUGAGUUUUAGUUUCAAUAAAUAA